UUUUUGAAUUCUCAUAUUUGACACAUUUAUGGUGGCAAUAUCCUCGAAACACAAUUGAAAGAACUCUUGGGCCUUACAGAGUGUAAACAAUUACGAGAGUAAUUGGAAAAAUUAUUUGUUCCAUUGUAUUAAGGUGCAAUACUACCCAUUAUUAAGCAAAAAUAAUAAAGAAUUCAUCGUGAUUUUAUAGUUCUCAACAAAAUUCGUAUAAAAGAUAUCGUUUCGGUGAAAGAUUUUAUCCAUCCAAACGGUUGGUAUUCGGGAAUAUUCACUAAAUACACGAUGGUAUCUGUGUUGAUUCGUCGGAUUGCAAUUAUAAUCUCUUUCGUUCACCUCAUCCAAGCUCAAAGACCAAACGAGGCCUUUAAUUCUUAUGGAGGACAGCCACAAAAUAUUCAGACCGGCCCAAGAAAUCAACCUCCGCCCCAAUUCAAUGGUCAGCAAAGAUGGACACCUCCUAACCAGCAACCCUAUAACAAUGGGUUCCAAAGAGCAUCACCUGGAACAUUAGGUGCUGAAUCAAACAGACCCUAUAGUGAACAAUUUCAACAAGGCCCACCAAGAACCAAUAAUAAUCUAAUAAACCGUCCAUAUAUUGAACCUCCGAGACCUAUAGAAACAACUGGUAAUGGAUAUAACCGACCUCCUGUCACUUAUGGCGGAUACCAAAGAGGACCGCAAUUAUCUCCAGGAAGUAACCAAAAUAGGCAGGCCAUAAAUGGCCCGCAAAGACCGCUCAUAGCAAUUGAUAAUAAUAGACCAAACAGUCAACCUCAAAGAGUGGCUAAUAAUUAUGGACAAAAUGUUUUUAACCAACAAAGACCAUCUUUUGCAACCGAUAACUUAAGAAACAGACCAAUAUACUACCGUCAGAGGGGACCUGCGAGAACAGUGCGUAAUGAAUCCAAUGCGCCAAUUUACAUUCGAAGAGCCCAAAGCCCACCACCUACCAACAAUGAAUUAAACCGACCCAUUUACAAUGUUGGAGGACCGAUUAGAGUUCUUGAUAAUGAUUCUAACAGACCUAUAAAUUUAAAUGGAUUUCAACCAAAUGUACCAAUAUCUGAUGCUGGACUAAAUAAACAAACCAAUUUAGUGGACAUUAAUAAAGAAGAACAGACUGAAACUAAUAACGACCCUGAUACGAAUGAAGGCGUUGUAAACAAUGCGCCAAGGGAAACACCACCUGAUCAACUAAAAUCAGUUUCUGAGGAACCAAAAUCUUCAAGCAACUCAAAACCUUCAUCUAUUGAGAUUAAUAAAGAAUCCAGCAACAGCAAUGGAUCUACAUUAUCGUUAAUAGAAAAAAGUGACAAAACCAAAGAUCCAGAAAAUUCCACGUUGCAAAAGCAAAAACCCAUGACUAAAUUAGAAGUAACUACACCAAGUAAUGUUCAGAAUUUGUCAUCCUUGAAUACUGAAACUGAAAAAUCUGACUCCACAGAGGAAACUUCGUCUGAACAGGAGUGAAUGACUAUUACCCCUCCCCUUGUCUUUUUAGCAAAAUUUUCUGAACAUUGAGAUAACCUAGGUUUGAAGACCAUAGCACGCAAACGAACUUCGUUUUUUAAAUUUUAGACAUUUUGUCUUAAAUAAAAUUUACUAAUACGUA